UGUAUAUAUGUUGGUUUAGUUACGGCAAAUUCUAAUUGAGAAACAUGAGAUCUUCCAAACUCAAAAGAACAAAUCCUAACAUCUUCUCUUCCGCCGAACUUCCUUUUGAUGUGAUUUCAGAAAUACUAGCUAGGUUAUCGGUGAAGUCCCUUCUUCAAUUCCGAUGCGUCUCCAAAUCAUGGAAGUCACUCAUCUCCGAUCCAAAAUUUGCUAAAAAGCACCUUAACUUGUCCACCACGCGCCGCCUCCUCCGUGUAAGCUACGACAGUCCCUCGCACAGGUUUAUUUUAAAUUCUUACUCCCUCCAAUCCGUUUUCACAGAUACAAACUAUAACCUCACUCGAUUCCAGUUUCCCCUCGAUGUUAUUUCUGAACGCUACUCCCAUCACCUUGUUGGCUCUUGUGACGGAAUUCUCUGUGUUGCCAAUUAUCGCAUCUCCCCGGAUUAUAAACGUUUCGUUGUACUGUGGAAUCCUUCUAUUAGAAAAUUUAAGGAAUUGCCCCAUUUUGAAAACCCAGCUGAGCUCUAUCGCCUUCGGCUUCGUAUGACAUAUGGCUUCGGCUAUGAUCAUGUUUCUCAUGAUUACAAACUGCUUGUUCUUUACAGCUGCCUCACUGAACACACAACUAGAGCAAAGGUUUAUACUUUGAAGACUGAUUCUUGGAGAACCAUUCAACCGUUCCCUUCUGAUUUUGGUACUCUCCCUGAUUAUCCACAGGGAAGAUAUGGAAAAUAUGUAAGCAGUACAGUUAAUUGGAUGACCUGUCAACGCUGGAUUGUUUCUUUUGAUUUAGUCAACGAGUCUUAUAGAAAGAUUUUGCCACCUCGACAACAAAGAGAACCUAUAUAUUUGGGUUUGAGUGUGUUGAGGGAUUGGUUAUGCAUAAUUUCGGAUCAUGAUGUUUGGGUCAUGAAGGAGUAUGGAAUUCGAGACUCUUGGACUAAAUUGUUCAAUGUUACUCACUUGCUAGAUCCUCCAUCUAAUUCUUUUCGCUUGACAAAUGUAAUCUUUCAAGACGAUCAAGUGCUGCUCGUGUUUAAACAUUUUUUGGGUAGUAUGUCGUUGAUUGUUUACAAUUUCAAGAAUGAUACUUCUAAAGUUAGUUCAAUGUUGAAAGACAUCUUAGAAGAUUGUGUUGAGAGUUUGAUAUCACCUUGGUCUUAAUGCUAGAAUUAUUUUUGAAGUAGAUCAAGAUCAAAUGCUGCAAUGCUGCUGUUGCUGUUUCAGGAGACUUCAAGAAAGAAAUUUAGUGUUGAAAGUUUGUUACUUUAUUUUUAACUGAAAUUAGUGAUUUUUUUUCAUAUAUGUAUUUUAGUUUCUUUGUUAUGGUAACUUAAUACUAAUUUUUAACUUUUUAUUGUGAUAUUUUGUUUUGAAUUGAACAAUUGAAUUUUCUAGCAAUACAUUUUAUAUAGAAUCUCUUGUUUUUUUUUAUUGACGUACCGUGCUUUGAUUUUUCUUCUUCUUUACAACUAUUGCUAUUGCAAUUUCUGCUGUUUUCAUUCUUAACAUUAUAUUUACUUGACAGCAGCACCAAUAAACUCUGAUAAAUUGAGGCAGGAUGAGGCGCUAUAGUGUUAUGCAAAUGAAUUAACGUACAGGUGAUAAAAAGGAGUACGGAUGCAUACAUCAUGAAGUUUUGGGAAGACACAAUCGCUAACCAUUGCAUCAGAUUCGGUUAAAUUUGUUCAUACUGGUGCGGCUUUGCAUUGCUGGCCAUCUCCCUCCAUUACUGUAAGUUACACAUUUUUAUUUGAUGAAAUUAGGGUAAACUUUUUAUCACCUACAUGUUGGUAGUUGAUACUAGUCAUGUAUUGAGUAACCAGUUGGUUGGAAAUUUAGUUGCGUUAUUUUGUGUUUUUGAAUCCUUUUUCAAACUGCAUGUUAAUCUAAGGGAGAGCUUAGUGGACCUUGGAGAUGAUAUUGUUGGAUUCCUUGUGAAUCAGAAUGACUUGGAGUGCAAACUGUAGGGAUUUUGUUAAAAUUAAUUUCCAUUGUUAUAAUCUUACCUAUUGAACAUUGACUUCUCAUUUCUUUAUUUAUAAUUCAAGUGGAAUAGGUGAAUGGCUACAUUGAUGUUAUUUCUAUUUUAUCAACACUGCCAUACAAAAUGAGUGAAUCCACUCUUAGUUUUCAACAUUUAAAAUGGUCACACUUUGUGAUCCUUUACCUUUACUUUCAAGUUUCUAACCCAAACUUACUUUCACUCACAAAUUAGCUCCUUGUCUCAUAUCACAUGCAUGCUGGAACUUAUUGUUUGCAGUUUCAUGUGUUAAAAUUCUAUGCUAACUUUCUUUGAAAUCUGUUAAAACAGAGCCUUCUAUGCUAACUUUCUUUGAAAUCUGUUAAAACAGAGCCCCACGUUUAUUCACGGCACAUAAUUGAUUUAUUUAUCACAUAACUAUAUUUUCAAUGUCAAAAAUAAUAUGAUGCAUCAUUUUUAGAUUUCGUAUUUUGUAGUUCAUGCACCAUUUUCAGAUUUUGUAUUUUGUAGUUCAUGCACCAUUUUCUUUGCUUUAUAAAAAAAAGUCAUAUUUAGUCACCAAGACUCUUAAUUUUUUAAUGUUCCGUUUUAGUUUUUUAAUUAAAAAAUAUUACAAGUUAGUCCCUUAAUUUCACUUCGGUUAUUUUAUUUGUUACAUUCCGUUAAUUUCAGACAAAAAAAUAAUAUUAAGUUCUGGUGACGUGAAUAUACAACAAAAUUUAAAGUCUAAAUAUGAUUAGAUAUUUUUAAUAUAAUUGUAACCCUAACCCCUUCUCUCUUUCUAUAAUUAAUAUUUCCUAAGUUACAUCUAAUUUAGUGCCUAAUCAAUUGAGUCAUCCAUGCCAUAAGAAGCUCGAGCAAAUUGAGUUCACAAUCUACCUAAUCUCCGUUACAAAUGAGAGCUUUAACAUAUUCUUUAUUUAGUUUAUAGCAACAUUCAUCAAUAACUUUACUUGUAGUACUGAAUGUGAAUUUAGAAGGAGCUUUAACAUAUUCUUUAUUUAGUUUAGAGCAACAUUCAUCAAUAACUUUAUUUGUAGUACUGAAUGUGAAUUUAGAAGCUAUAGUCAAAGAUUAGAAUAAUUACUAUAUCAACAACCAUCUUAAACAAUAUUUUAUAUUUCAUAAUGUUGUUCCAUUUUAUGGAUGUUAAUACUAGGGGUAUAAAAACGGGCUUGAUCUGUUGGACAUGUCCCUUUGCUCACACUUUAGUGUGAGGCGGACCAAGGUUUUAGGCCUGCAUCCUCAACUAUGACUGUCCGCCCCAUUUUCUUGCGGACUUUCAUGGGGCAGGCUCUUAAACGGGACAGACAUGCUCGUUUGCCACCCCUAAUUAAUACCUUCAUCAAAAUAAUUUUACAAUUAUAAUUAUAUUGUAAUUAGAGGAAUGCCUUAUUCUUGAAUAACGCUUAGAAUUUCAUCAAAUUCAAUUCUGACAGUUGCGACAGUUGCAACAUACUCAUCAUAUAAUUCUUUCAAUGAACACAUGUCCCACAUGUCCUUCUUUAUUUUUUCAAUAAAACUUCUUUAAAUUUACAUAUCUUGGGAAAACAUAUACACUCCGAAUGAAAUUUGCACAUAGAAUUCAAAACACUAGUUACAACUAUCAACAUAUUACACUCCCCCAGUAUUUGCAAAACUAUAUUUUUAUUGGAUCCACCAUUUUUCUCAUAAAGAGAUCUUCAUCUUCACCGUCCUUAUCAAGGAUCUCUUUUACCUUUCAAAUUUCUGAUAGAUACAAAUUUACAGUCAGAUAUUCAUUACCUACAUCUACAUUUAAAAU